AUGAAUGACUAUAAGGCCAAUUGGGAUGCUUCUGUUGAUCGACUUAGCUGUAGAGUGGGGAUAGGUGUGGUGGUAAGAAACUGGGAAGGGAAAAUAAUAGCAACACUAAGAGCUCCAAGGAAGUUGUUUCCCGACCCCAAACUAGCUGAGUCAGUGGCGGCUCUCAGAGCAGUUUUGUUCUGUAAGAAUCUAGGAAUAACAAGGUUAAUACUUGAAGGGGAUGCCCUGAGUGUGGUGAAAGACAUUAAUAGCGAGACAGUGGAUUGGAGCUCAACAGGUCUGAUCAUACAAGAUAUCAAAGAAGAACUAAAAAGUUUGUCUCUCGGAUCUGUACAUUUCAUUUCUAGGUUGUCCAAUUGUAUUGCUCAUUGUCUAGCAAAGGAUGCACUAAAACUCUCUGAGGAGAGCAUUUCAAUGGAGGGAGUCCCUCCUUGUAUCCAUCACCUGAUUUAA